AUGGAGAAGACAGUCACCGCCCUCAAGGAGGAGUUGCGGACCGACGUCACCCUGAACAGGGUCGUCAAGUUCGCCCGCGUCGCGCCCAAGAAGUUCCCGCCGGCCGCGAAGCAGUACCUCGCCGACAAGCUCCCCAUCGUCCAGUGGCUCCCGCGCUACUCGCUGUCGUGGCUGCCCCAGGAUUUCAUGGCCGGCCUCACCGUCGGCGUCCUGCUCAUCCCCCAGGGCCUCGCGUACGCCAAGAUCGCGACGAUCCCGAUCGAGAACGGCCUGUACUCCUGCUGGGUCCCCGCCGCCGUCAUGGUGUUCAUGGGGACGUCGAAAGAUUUAUCGACGGGACCAACAUCGAUCUUAGGUCUCCUGACGGCGCAAAUCAUCGCCGACCUCAAGGACGAGUUCCCGCGGGUCGACAUCUCGGCGGCGGUGGCGAUGAUGGUGGGGAUCUGGUCCCUGCUCAUCGGGCUGCUCGGGCUCGGCUUCCUGCUCGACUACGUGUCGAUCCCGGUGCUGACGGGGUUCAUCUCGGCGACGGCGUUCGUCAUCGGGAUGGGCCAGGUGGGCUCGCUGGUGGGGCUCAGCAACGUGCCCGACGGCGCCUUCAACCAGCUCGCCAACAUCCUGCGGCGGCUGCCGCGGUGGGACGGGCCGACGUGCGGGAUCGGCUUCGGCACCGCGCUCGUCCUGCUCGCGCUGCAGCACGUCGGCCGCCGCUGGGGCGGCCGCCACUUCGCCAUCCGCUACCUCGCCAGCAGCCGCGCCAUCGUCGUCAUGGUCGUCUUCACCCUCAUCUCCUACCUCGCCAACCGCGGCCGCGACCACGGCGCCUACCUCUGGAGCAUCAGCGAGGUGUCCACCCACGGCAUCGAGACCCCGCGCGCGCCCGGCGCCGUGCUGCUGGCGCGCGUCGCCGCCCGCUCGAUCGCGCCCCUCGUCGCCUGCACGCUCGAGCACCAGGCCGUCGGCCGCGCCUUCGGCCGCCGCAACCACUACGCCGUCGACCAGACCCAGGAGUUCAACUACCUCGGCGUCACCAACAUCGUCAACUCCUUCUUCGGCUCCAUGCCCGUCGGCGGCGCCAUCUCCCGCACCGCCGUCAACUCCGAGUGCGGCGUCCGCAGCCCCCUCAACGGCGCCAUCACGGCCGGCUUCAUCAUCCUCACCCUGUACGUCUUCUCGCCCGCGCUAUACUGGCUACCUAAAGCGACACUCUCCGCUAUUAUUAUCAUGGCAGUCAUCCACCUCUUCGGCCCACUGUCGCUGAUCUGGCGGUACUGGCGCGUCUCGCUCGCCGACUUCGUCGCGUGCAUGGUCGCGUUCUGGGUCACCAUCUUCGUGUCGGCGGAGAUCGGCAUCGGCGCGGCGACGGCGUGGAGCAUCGUAUGGACGCUGCUGCGCACGGCCUUUGUCACGCCGACAGUGCUCACCAGCGAGUCAGGGUCGGUGACGAGCGGCGGCGGCGGCGGAGCGACGGGCGCGGGCGCGGGCGCGGGCGGCGGGCUGCCGUCGGCGGUGUCGAUCCCCGAGGACACGGUAGUGGUGCGGUUCGCGGACGCGCUGUUCUUCCCGAACGCGAACCGGGCGAAGGUGCGGGCGCUCGAGGCCAUGCAGGUGGCCUUCCCGUCGGUGGGGAACCGGCACUACGGCGUGGAGCGGCAGCGGUCGUGGAGCGUGGCGGCGGAGCAGCGGCUCGCGCGGCUGCGGGCCGCGCGCGGCGUCGCCCUGCGCCAGAUGCCCCUCGCCGUCUGCGUCUGGGACUUCACCGCCGUGCCCUUCGUCGACGCCACCGGCCUCACCGCCCUCGCCGAGCUGCGCGACGACGUGCGCCGCCAGCUCGGCGCCAGCAUCCGCAUCCGCGUCGUCGGCAUGGUGCCCGCCGUCCGCCGCCGCUUCGCGCGCGCCGGCUGGCGCCUGCUCGACGUCGACGCGGAGGAGGCGGCGCCGCCGCCGGCGGCGGGAGGAGAGGCGGGCGACGUCGAGUGGGUCUAUCCCUCGCUCGAGAGAGCCGUUUGGGACGAGAGGGAGAGCGACAGCAGCUUGAGGGGCGUGGUUACGGAGAAGACUUGA